AGGAACAGCAGCAGUCAGACGUGUGGUGUCACUGUCGGAAAACACGGGGAUGCAAACAGGACUAAACAGUUCCUAACAACGGAGCCAAAUCCAGCUGAGAAGAGGUGAAGCGGUGCCCGGUCCUUGCUGCCCGGUGAGUGAGCUGGAUGUCCGACACGGGCUGUAGCCUCCUGCGGCGGGACUGAAGGUAAGGAGAAGGUGGAGGCAAAGGAAAAUGUGGCACAGAGAACUGCUGAACAAGUACAGAGGGAAGAGGGGAUUCUGGGGUUGAGCUCUGCAGUAAGGACACUGCAGUAAAUACAAGCACACACAUGUGACAGAGGAGGUGAAGUGUAGAGGAUGGGCCCAGUGUCCCGGUUUCUGAGGAGAUGUCACUGGGUCGGCUCCUGCGGCGUGCCUCCUCCAAGGCCUCCGACCUCCUGACCUUUAACCCUGGGGCGGGGGGCUCGUCGUUACGCUCAGGCCUGGAUGGCGAGAUCAUUUUCUCCAAAAAUAAUGUUUGCGUGCACCCCGCAGAGCCCCUGCCUGGCCUGGCAGAGCACCACCCAGGCUACCUUUGUGUGCACAUGGAGAAGGACGAGAGCCUGGGCACCACUCUGAUUCUGACCUGGGUGCCAAACUCCCGCAUCCAGCGGCAGGAUGAGGAGGCACUGCGCUACAUCACCCCCGAGAGCUCCCCUGUACGCAGGAACGCACGCCGCCGAGGCAGACGACCCCACUCCCGUCCCCCAGCAGCCCAGGAGGAAGAUGAGGACGAGGAAAGGAACAUUACCAGCAGCACCUCUGCAGAGAGCCACAGUCUGGCUGUAGAAGCCGGAGCAGAUGCCUCCUCGCACCAGCAGCAGCUGCCCUCGGCUGGAGAGGAGGGCGAUGAAGGCUCCUGUGAGCUGUCGGACGAAGUGAGCCGCGACAGCACCAUGGGUUCAGACUCAGACACUUUCUCCUCCCCCUUCUGUCUGUCCCCUGUCAGCGAGGCCCUCUGUGAGAGCAGCGGCUCUGUCUUCCUGGACAAUGAAAGCAGGGAGCUGUGCGAGGAGUCCAUGAACCACUCAGUAAGCUCCGCCUCCAGUCUGGACAGCCACGCCCCAUCUGAAAGUGGUUGCCAGUCGCAUGGCGCGCGGUGGGAGGAGCAGCAGAAGGUGCUGGCUCUGGAGCAGUUGUGUGGAGUUUUCAGGGUGGACCUGGGUCACAUGAGGUCGCUGAGACUCUUCUUCAGUGAUGAGGCGUGUACCAGUGGCCAGCUGGUGAUCGCCAGCAGAGAGAGCCAAUAUAAAAUCCUCCACUUCCAUCACGCUGGCCUGGAUAAGCUGGCUGAGGUCUUCCAACAGUGGAAGUGCUGCAGGGAAACUCAGCUUAAAGACCAGGUGUCAGAUGAGAAAUCCUGCAUGCAGUUUUCCAUCCAGAGGCCCACCCUGCCAUCGGCUGAGACCCACCCAGAGGAGAGGCUUUAUCGGAGGCUGGAUGUCACCACCUGGCUACGUCACCUCAACCAUAGUGGACAGGUGGAGGAGGAGUAUAAAUUACGCAAGGCCAUCUUCUUCGGUGGUAUCGACCCAUCCAUCCGUGGCGAGGUGUGGCCCUUCCUGCUGCACUACUACAGCUAUGACUCCAGCUCCCAGGAGAGGGAGGCCUGGAGACUGCAAAAACGCACCCACUAUCAUGACAUCCAGCAGAGGAGGUUGUCCAUGAGCCCUGAGGAGCACAGUGAGUUCUGGAGAAAGGUCCAGUUCACAGUGGAUAAAGACGUGGUGAGAACGGACCGUAGUAAUCACUUCUUCAGAGGAGAGAAUAACCCCAAUGUGGAGAUCAUGAGGCGAAUUCUGCUCAACUAUGCAGUGUUUAAUCCUGACAUGGGCUACUGCCAGGGCAUGUCUGACCUGGUGGCCCCCCUGCUCACUGAGAUCCAGGAUGAAAGCGACACCUUCUGGUGCUUUGUUGGCCUUAUGGAGAAUACCAUCUUCAUUAGCUCACCACGGGACGAAGACAUGGAGAGGCAGCUGAUGUACCUGCGGGAGCUGCUGCGUCUCAUGCUGCCCCACUUCCACCAGCACCUGACCAGGCUGGGGGAGGACGGCCUCCAGCUGCUCUUCUGCCACCGCUGGAUCCUGCUCUGCUUCAAACGAGAGUUCCCUGACACGGAGGCUCUGCGCAUGUGGGAGGCCUGCUGGGCACACUAUCAGACGGACUACUUCCACCUGUUCCUGUGUGUGGCCAUCAUCGUUCUGUAUGGGGAGGAUGUGACAGACCAGCAGCUCGCCACUGACCAAAUGUUGCUCCACUUCAGCAACCUCUCCAUGCAUAUGAAUGGAGAACUGGUGCUACGCAAGGCCCGCAGCCUUCUCUACCAGUUCCGCCUCCUACCCAGGAUCCCAUGCAGCCUACAUGACCUCUGUAAACUGUGUGGCCCUGGGAUGUGGGACAGCCGCUACAUCCCCACUGUGGAGUGUUCUGGAGAACACCCGGACUCACAGAGCUGCCCCUAUGGAGGCACCCCCACCCCACAGCCCUCCUCGCCCUCCCCUUCAUCCACACCCUCGCCCUCACCAAAUUCCACCCCUGAGCCUCCACUGGAGGGCAAGAGAGGCUCCAAAACCCGGGAUAUUUUCACCUUCCGGAAACAGCCCUGAGGUGGAGGUUGUGGGGAGCUUUUGCUGGUCUUGGCUCCUGUUAAUACAGCAAGGUUUGGAUCCAUCAGCUGGAUUCCUGAACUAUUUGCUGCCCUCUAACUUCUCCCUGCUUUUAGUUUGCAAUCACUAUCUUACUGAGGAUUUUUUUUUCCACUUGAUCCUUUCAUGUGGUGCAAUGUGGAAUACUGCCUUACCAGAAUGUUAUUUGCAACGUUCAGUAUCACAUGAAUCUGUGAUAAGGACGGUUUGGUGCUGGACAGGCCAGAGGUCAAGAAGCUGCUUUCCUUUUGAAGCAGAACGGACAAUCACCAGCCACUAUGUUGGUUCUAGUCUGCUGCUGGCUUGGCAUACUUCCAUGGGCUUUGUGGGCAGGGGUCGCAUCAGGGUCUGAGGCAACUGGCCCAAAUUCAUGCAGACUCUGACCAGAGGGUUAAACAGAACUGGGAAUCCAUUCACAGGACUUGAACUUGAACUUUUAAAUAUGUUCCUGUGCUCUCACAAUGGCAUAUUUGUGUGAAUAUCAAAUUAUAUGUGCAUAUCUCAAGUCUGAGCAGACAUUUUUAAAAUGAAAUCCAAACCUUUGGUGUUAACAAAGAAGGGUUCAACCUACAAAUAGGAAUAUAAUGAAUUACUGGUACUUUUUAAGUUGGUUUAAUUUCAUUUUCAGAAUGAAUGUUUGCGUUUAUAUCAGCAAUUACAAAUAUUUAGCAAUAUUAUAUCCUUGCAUGAGCGAUUCUUUAAAUAUAGAGGGCACAACUUGUUUCUUGGAAAACACUUCAGGCCCAAAACAGAAGUAAGAAUGUGUUUACAUAGGGCUCUGCAUAUUUCGGCAUCAGAUUGUGGUUAAGAACAUUCUCAUAAUUUCUUUCAACUUGUGUUUCCCGGGAGGCAGGAGGAAACAAGCCAUAUGUUUCCUUCUGAUAAAGUCUGAGACACGGACGUUCAUGUUACCUGUUGAGCAAUGGGAGCUUUACUGUGUACACAUUACCAUCAUAACAUAUAAUAUGAAUUUCCUGUCUGAGGUGUUGGAUGGAUAUGACAUCGGUGUCUGCCAAAGAGAGCAUAGUUCAUGGUUUUAUCCCGACAGAGAAAUUGAUUGCCUUCUGUUUUACUUGAAGUCUUGUCAUAUGUGUUGAACCAUGUUUAGACAGGGUUGUGAAAAAUCGUCAGCACAGUGUUAUUGUUUUUUUUUUCCCCCCCCUUCAGCGUUCUCUCCACUUUCAUCUCGAAAUGAACGACAAUGUCGACAACAGCGCACUAUCAACACUUAAGUAUCGGUCCACAUGAAUGUAUCUUCUGUUUGCUUCUUUCUCACUCGACGACAAGAGCGUCAAAAAGUCUUUGGUGUGCGUAUGAGUGUGUGUGUGUAUAAACUGGAGUGACCUCUAAACAUCUGGUAAUGAGUUGGAGAACAGCCGUAGAGGGCCUCCCCCCUGACCAGUCUCUUUAAUUAUAGCAGUCAUCGUGAAGAGAACCUAGGAGAGAAAGACAGAAGAAAGAAAAGCUGGGCGGUGUGGGCGUUUUAGAAAAAAAAAAAAAAAAAAGACAAGAGAGAUGGAGAGGAAAGGGUAAUUUUGAAAGCUUAAAAAUUCACACAGGGAUGUACAGUGAUCUCUAGCUUGCCUCUGUGAUUUGCAAGUCCCAGAUGUAAAGAUGGUCUCCUCUCUGAGGCUUUCCCCUGAGAGCUAUUGAGUGACACUCCUGGGGGUGAAAACAUGUUCAAAUUGCUGCUAAAAUGUAACAUUAAGACCUUCAAUCAGCGUCGCUCCCCCUACCCCCUCACCCCCUCUUGUUCUCCCACCGCCUCUCUGUCUCUCUUCUGCUCUCUCACUGUCUCACCCAGCAAGCAGUCUCUGCAAAUGACAUUCAUAACUGCUCCUUUUCCCUAUUAGUUAUCAUGUGCAGCUGCUCACUGGAAAUGCCCGGAGAGUUUUGAAGAUUGGGUGGCCCGCGUUAGAGCGAAGCUAAAUCUGUGAUGCACAAUGGGAAAGUAAUCAAACUAUGUGUGUGUGUGUGUGUGUGUGUGUGUGUGUGUGUGUGUGUGUGUGUGUGUGUGUGUGUGUGUGUGUGUGUGUGUGUGUGUGAGAGAGAGAGAGAGAGAGAAUCUAUGAUCUCAUGAAUUUUAUUAAAAUCAUCAUUGAAAUCACAUUGUCUGCACAGGCACUGUAAGUCACAAGCUUAAUUAAAGACUACUCCUAUUUAAAGGGGUUGUGAUCAGUCAUCACUGAAUGUACAAUGUUGCUGUUCAGCUUUAUGAUAUGUUGAUGUAUUUACUGUACACAUCACAAAAAAGGAGCCUAUUCUUAUUCUUGGUAUUAAUAAAAAAAAAAGAAAAAAAGCUGUACUUUCAUGUACUUUCUAGGAAAUGUUUUACUGAGCACACAAAAUGUUCCUGGCAAGGAAUUUAUAAAUGCCAUUCUGACAAUAAAUGACUGAUUUUGAUCUGAUACCAAGUAAAACAAGGCCGGGACUCACACUGACACCACCAAAACUUUUCAUCAUUAAAUACUGCAGAGGUAAAAGCAUGAAGUGUAUGUAUUUUAUUUGUAAUUCAUUUACUGAAUACACGCAUCAAGACUGAUUUAGAAAUAUGCUUAUAAUCAA